AUGAGUUCUCUCAAGCAGUUUAUUCGCAAUGUCCGAGCCGCCAAGACGAUCGCCGACGAGAGAGCCGUAAUUCAGAAAGAGAGCGCCGCCAUCAGAGCCAGCUUCAGGGAGGAGAGCCACGAUCACGGCGUCAGGCGCAACAAUGUGGCCAAGCUAUUAUACCUCUUCACCCUCGGUGAGCGCACUCACUUCGGUCAAAUCGAGUGUUUGAAGCUCCUGGCCUCUCCGCGCUUCGCCGACAAGCGUUUAGGCCAUCUCGCGACAAGUUUGCUUCUCGACGAGAACCAGGAAGUGCUUACUCUGGUCACCAACUCCCUUCAAAAUGACCUUAACCAUUCGAAUCAGUACGUCGUGGGCCUCGCCCUCUGCACCCUCGGAAACAUUGCAUCGGUCGAAAUGUCCAGAGAUCUGUUCCCCCAAAUCGAAACACUCAUAUCGACGACGAACCCCUACAUCCGGCGGAAGGCAGCUCUUUGUGCAAUGCGGAUAUGCAAGAAGGUUCCGGAUCUCCAAGAACACUUUAUCGAGAAGGCGGCGCAAUUACUAUCAGACCGAAACCACGGCGUGUUGCUUUGCGGCUUGACGUUGGUGACCAGCCUUUGCGAGGCCGACGAGGUUGAGGGUGGGGAGGAGGGCAUCAUUGAGAAGUUCAGACAGUUCGUGCCGGUACUCGUCAGGACUCUCAAGGGGCUGGCUUCGUCCGGUUAUGCCCCGGAGCAUGACGUUACGGGCAUUACCGAUCCGUUCUUGCAGGUCAAGGUUUUGCGCCUUCUCCGAGUCCUAGCCCGCGGCGAUGCUCAGACGACGGAGCAGAUCAACGAUAUUCUCGCUCAGGUUGCAACCAACACCGACGCUACCAAGAACGUCGGAAACUCGAUCCUUUACGAGGCCGUACUUACGAUUCUCGAUAUCGAAGCCGAUGCCGGCUUGCGCGUGCUGGGUGUCAACAUUCUGGGCAAGUUCUUGGCCAACAAGGACAACAAUAUCCGUUAUGUUGCGCUAAACACGCUGGUCAAGGUGGUGGCCAUCGACACCAACGCUGUACAAAGGCACCGGAACACCAUUCUGGAAUGCCUCAGGGACCCCGAUAUCAGUAUCAGGAGGAGAGCUCUUGACCUCAGUUUCACCCUCAUCAACGAGAGCAACGUCCGCGUCCUUAUUCGGGAACUGCUGGCUUUCUUGGAAGUGGCGGACAAUGAGUUUAAGCCUAAUAUGACUAGCCAGAUCGGUAUCGCCGCUGAUAGGUACGCGCCGAACAAGAGAUGGCAUGUCGAUACAAUGCUGCGUGUUUUGACGUUGGCCGGUAAUUACGUCAAGGAGCCGAUCCUGUCUUCGUUCAUCCGCCUUAUCGCUACGACUCCCGAGCUACAAACAUACGCCGUGCAGAAACUUUACACCAAUCUAAAGAAGGAUAUCACCCAGGAAAGUUUGACGCAGGCCGGCGCUUGGUGUAUUGGCGAAUACAGCGACGCUCUUCUCAGGGGUGGUCAGUAUGAGGAGGAGGAGCUCGUACAGGAGAUCAAGGAGCAUGAGAUCAUCGACUUGUUCACGACCAUCCUGAACAGCAACUAUGCUACCCAAGUCACCACCGAGUACAUCAUCACAGCACUCAUUAAGCUCACCACUAGGCUGCAAGAUCCAGCCCAGAUCGAGAGAGUUCGCCGUCUGCUUCAAUAUCACCAGACAAGUUUGGAUGUCGAAGUUCAGCAGCGUGCGGUGGAAUAUGGCAAUCUCUUCUCUUUUGAUCAGAUCCGCCGUGGUGUGCUCGAGAAGAUGCCUCCCCCUCAGAUCAAGGAGUCUUCCCGAGUACUUGGUGAAGCUUCCAAGAAGACCACCAAGGCAGCGGGCAAGAAGACUAACAAGGCCGCCAAGCCCAAGGAAGAGGAUCUCCUAUUCGACCUCAUGGGAGACACCAACCUUCCGUCUCCCUCCGUUCCUAACGGCGGCACGAACAACGCCGACCUUCUUGCCGAUAUCCUCGGCGGCGCUACCUCGCCUCCGACUUCGACAUCUCCGGCUCCGGCCCAGUCGAACGUUGCCUCGAUCAUGGAUCUCUUCUCGCAAGGACCUACCUCCACCUCCUCGGCCGCACCUGCGCCACCGGCUGCUCCAUCAGCAGUUCUUGAUCUUUUCAACACCUCUCCAGCCGCCGCUCCUGCUCCGGCCCCACAAGCGGCGCCCAGGCCCGCUGCUGCGGCGGGACAUCCUUGCUACGACAACAACGGCUUGAACAUCACUAUCCAGAUACAGCGAAACGCCGAGGGCAUGAUCCAGGCUACGGCUCGCUUCCACAACUCGUUCUCUGGUGCACUCUCAGCUGUCGGGUUGCAGGCGGCUGUGCCCAAGACUCAAAAGCUGCAGCUGCUCAACAUUUCGUCGACGGAUAUUGCGCCGGGGGCGGAGGCUACGCAGAUGAUGAGACCCUUGCGUCUACGCCUCAAGAUCGGAUAUACACAUCCUACGGCAGGACAGGUAUUGGAUCUAGUCAACUGGACGGAGCCCCAAUGA